UCACACCGCGACGCAACUCAUGGAUGCCCCUUAAAUUAUUAUCAUAUAGUGCUAGAUAUACAUACUGAUUGGACGCAGCAGGGGGAAUACUGGGUCUUUACAUCGACUGACUGCGAGAAGGGGGAGACGCUCCAUCGCGCGCAGGACAACAAUAUCUAUCUAGACCCGGAGACCUCUCCGUUCUUUUGAAAAUACAAAAUAGCCACCUUGCGUGUACCGUUGGCGGUCGGAAGAGUGUGAGAGAGUGCCUUUCUUUUGCUCGUUUUGUUUACGUCAAGGGGACUUAAGUUUACGGAGGCAGUGGUUCUCUCGGCGCAAAUAGGCUACGACAAUCGUAACUCGAUCUCCCCACGUUUUGUGUCGUCUGUGGUUGGUAGGGUCCUCAGUAGUUACACAUGUGUGGUUGUCACUGCUGGACGGUGUCAUGCUCGAAUCCUCUGCUUCUUGCACUGCGCUGUCCUCUUCUGUUGAGUGAUCAGACAGUCUUCACUGUUGUUCCCGGGCAGUGAAUACCUGUCAACACCCCGUCGGCGACAUUGGUAUGUUUUAUAUUUCCAUUGAGCUACGGGACUAUCCUAUCGUUUUGAAAUAGCUGGAGUGAGAGUUGUGUUUGCCAGAACCUUUGUUUUACCACCGACUAUUCCAUUCAGAAAACAGCGACGAAUUGCCUAGAAGUUGGAGCAUCGUUUGGUGAAGUUUUGACCCACCGGUACUGAACAACAAUGGGAUUCUAAUCGGACAAAUCCACGCCAGGUAGCCGAGCCUAAGCAGAGCGGGUUGGGCGGACCCUCCCUCCUCCACCCCCCUCCCCCAUCCUCCUACUCCUCCAGCGUCCCGGUCCGUGCCGUGUUUGUGUCUAUCCGCCGGGGUCGGCGAAGCAUGCUGGCAGUAUGGACGUGAAGGAACGCAGGCCCUACUGCUCGCUGACCAAGAGCAGGCGCGACAAGGAGCGGCGCUACACGGGCUCGUCCGGCGACAGCGAGGAGUGCGGCAGCGGCGGUCCGGGACCGAGGGUACCCACCCAGAAGUCGUACAGCUCCAGCGAGACACUCAAGGCCUUCGACCACCAGGACUCUUCCAGACUAUUGUACAGCAGCAGAGUGAAGGAGAUGGUGCACCGUGAACAGGACGAGUACACCCGACAAGGGCAGAACUUCAACCUGAGACAACUGGGGAUCUGCGAGCCGUCCACGCGCCGCGGCCUGGCCUUCUGCUCCGAGAUGGGCCUCCCCCACCGCGGCUACUCGGUCGGCGCCGGGUCCGACGUGGACACCGAGAACGAGGGCGUGAUGUCACCGGAGCGUGCCAUGCGGCUGUGGGGCCGUGGGGUGAAGUCGGGCGGCCGGAACUCGUGCCUGUCCAGCCGGUCCAACUCGGCUCUGACCCUCACCGACACAGAGCACGAAAACAAGUCGGACAGCGAUAAUGGUUCUCCCAUGCCAUCCUCUCUACCCAGCCCAUCAGUUACUGACCAUUCACACUCGCAACCACCAUCACCCAAUCUCCAUGACAACCAGAGCUCGUUGCUAAGUAGCGCCAGCGCCCAUCCAGCGGUCCAUGAGUCGGACUCGGACGAGGAAGAGUACACAGCCACGCUGUACUUACCUGUAACGCAGGUCACAGCUCACAGCCACCACGGCCUCGCCUGUAAUGAGCAACCGCCCAAUCACCAUCAGCAGGGCCAGUCCACGCUGCCGCCAGCCCCGCCUCCCCACAAGCAGCAGCCGUCGGUCACCGCGCUCAACCACAACUCCCUGAGCAGCCGCAACCGUAAACCCAGCCCGGCCCCACCGGCCGCCCUCCCCGCCGAGCUGCAAACCACACCCGAGUCCGUGCCGCUGCAGGACAGCUGGGUCCUGGGCAGCAAUGUGCCACUGGAGAGCAGAAAAUUAGCAAAGCAAGCCGUUCUGGAAAACGGGCAUGACAACCUGAUAGAGAUGGAUGUGUUCCCUCCCGCGUGCCACGAAGGUGCCUAUGGGGAUGGGCACUUCCUCUUCAAGACAGGCACCGGCACGACCCCUCUGUUCAGCACGGCUACUCCAGGCUACACCAUGGCAACGGGCUCCGUCUACUCGCCGCCCACGCGGCCCCUACCCAGAAACACCCUCUCCCGCUCCGCCUUCAAGUUCAAGAAGUCCUCCAAGUACUGCUCGUGGAGAUGCACUGCUCUCAGCGCCGUGGGACUGUCCGUCCUGCUGUCUGUCCUGCUCUGCUAUUGCAUAGCCAUGCAUCUGUUUGGUCUGAACUGGCAGAUGCAGGAGACAGAGGGCUACGGCUUUGAGAACGGUCAGGGGAGGUCAGACACCACACCCAACACCAUCACCGCACUGUCUGCUGAUAACGGUAAACUAGGGGUGUUCCUGCAGGAGAACAACACCAUAGACACGGGGGAGGUGGACGUGGGGCGCAGGGCCCUUCAGGAAGUCCCACCAGGGAUCUUCUGGCGCUCCCAGCUCUACAUUGACCAGCCCCAGUUCCUCAAGUUCAACAUCUCAGUGCAGAGGGAUGCGUUGGUGGGGGUCUACGGCAGGAAGGGCCUGCCCCCCUCACAUACACAGUAUGACUUUGUGGAGCUGCUGGAUGGCAGUCGCCUGAUCACCAAGGAGAAGCGCGGGCUGGUGGAGGUGGAGGGCGUGUCAAGGCGGGCGCGCUCGGUGAGCGUGCACGAAGCGGGCUUCAUCCAGUACCUGGACUCUGGCAUCUGGCACCUGGCCUUCUACAACGACGGGAAGAACUCAGAACUGGUCUCCUACAACACCAUUGUCAUAGAGUCCGUUAUGGAGUGUCCCCACAAUUGCCAUGGCAACGGCGACUGUCUGUCUGGAACGUGUCAUUGCUUCCCAGGGUUCCUUGGGCCUGAUUGCUCAAGAGCUUCGUGCCCCGUGCUGUGCAGUGGUAACGGACAAUACUCCAGGGGUCGCUGCCUGUGCUUCAGUGGCUGGAAGGGGACCGAGUGUGACGUGCCCAGCAACCAGUGCAUAGACAUCCACUGUGGGGGACACGGCAUCUGUAUCAUGGGCAUCUGUGCCUGCAACACCGGAUACAAGGGAGACAACUGUGAAGAAGUGGACUGCCUGGACCCUGGCUGUUCGGCCCAUGGUGUGUGUAUCCAUGGGGAGUGCCACUGUAGCCCGGGCUGGGGGGGCACCAACUGUGAGACCCUCAAGACCAUGUGCCCCGACCAGUGCUCCGGCCACGGCACCUACCAAAGCGAAAGCGGCACCUGUACCUGCGACACCAACUGGACCGGCCCCGACUGCUCUGUCGAGGUGUGUGUGGUAGACUGCGGCUCCCACGGCGUGUGUUUCGGGGGCAGCUGUCGUUGCGAGGAGGGCUGGACGGGUACGGUCUGUGACCAGAAGGCCUGCCACCCUAUGUGCACUAAGAACGGAGUCUGCAAGGAGGGCAAGUGUGAGUGCAACCAGGGCUGGACCGGAGAGCACUGCAACAUCGAGGGCUGCCCAGGCCUGUGUAACAACAACGGUCGCUGUACCUUGGACCAGAACGGGUGGCACUGCGUCUGCCAGUCCGGGUGGCGUGGGGCGGGAUGCGACGUCGCCAUGGAGACCCUCUGCACCGACGGCAAGGAUAACGAAGGAGACGGCCUGGUUGACUGUAUGGACCCAGACUGUUGCCUCCAGACAUCCUGUCAGACCCAGCCGUACUGCCGCGGCUCCCCGGACCCCUCUGACAUCAUCAGUCAGAGCCCGUCCAGCCUGAUGCCCCAGCAUGCCGCACGCUCCUUCUACCAACGCAUCCGCUUCCUGGUUGGACCAGAGGGCAGCCACGUCAUCACCGGGGACAACCCCUUCAACAAGAGCCUGGUGUCCAUCAUCAGAGGCCAAGUCCUGACGGCAGACGGAACCCCCCUCAUAGGAGUCAAUGUUACCUUCGUCCACUACCCCGACCACGGAUACACCGUCACGCGCAAGGACGGCAUGUUUGACCUGUUGACCAACGGUGGGGCCAGUCUGACCCUGAGUUUCGAGCGGGCUCCGUUCCUGAUACAGUACCGCACCGUGUGGAUCCCCUGGAAUGUCUUCUAUGUCAUGGACACCCUGGUCAUGAAGAAGGAGGAGAAUGACAUCCCCAGCUGUGACCUGAGUGGUUUCAUCAGGCCCAGUCCUGUCAUAGUGGCCUCUCCCCUCUCUACCUGCUUCAGGUCCUCACCAGAGGAUGGGCCCAUUAUACCUGAGACACAGGUCCUCCAGGAGGAGACGUCCAUCCCGGGCAGCGACCUCAACCUGCUGUACCUGGGCAGCAGGGCGGCCGGCUACAAGCCUGUCCUCAAGGUCACCAUGACCCAGGCCAGUGUGCCCUUCAACCUCAUGAAGGUGCACCUGAUGGUGGCGGUGGUGGGGCGUCUGUUCCAGAAGUGGUUCCCUGCCCAGCCCAACCUCUCCUACACCUUCAUCUGGGACAAGACAGACGCUUACAACCAGAAGGUCUACGGCUUGUCUGAGGCAGUCGUGUCCGUGGGUUUUGAGUACGAGUCGUGUCUGGACCUGAUCCUGUGGGAGAAGAGGACAGCCACACUGCAGGGCUAUGAGCUGGACGCGUCCAACAUGGGAGGCUGGACGCUGGACAAACACCAUAUACUGGAUAUCCAGAACGGCAUCCUGUACAAGGGCAAUGGUGAGAACGUGUUCAUCUCCCAGCAGCCCCCAGUGAUCAGCAGCAUCAUGGGUAACGGCCGGCGCCGCAGCAUCUCGUGCCCCAGCUGUAACGGCCAGGCGGAGGGCAACAAGCUGCUGGCCCCCGUGGCGCUGGCCUGUGGCGCCGACGGGAGCCUCUUCGUCGGGGACUUCAACUACAUCAGACGCAUCUUCCCCUCUGGGAACGUCACCAGUGUGAUGGAGCUCAGAAAUAAAGAUUUCAGACAUAGCAACAACCCGGCCCACCGGUACUACCUGGCGACAGACCCGGUUACGGGGCAGCUGUACGUGUCUGACACCAACUCCCGCCGUAUCUACCGUCCCAAGGUCCUGACGGGCACCAAGGAGCUGCUCCAGAACGGAGAGGUGGUGGCUGGUACCGGGGAGCAGUGUCCCCCCUUCGACGAGGCACGCUGCGGGGACGGAGGCAAGGCCACAGAGGCCCUCCUCAUGGGGCCCAAAGGUAUUACGGUAGAUAAGAACGGGUACAUCUACUUCUUACCUCUCAUCACUUUCCCUCUCUGCCCCACUACUCCAGGUAUUACGGUAGAUAAGAACGGGUACAUCUACUUCUUACCUCUCAUCACUUUCCCUCUCUGCCCCACUACUCCAGGUAUUACGGUAGAUAAGAACGGGUACAUCUACUUCUUACCUCUCAUCACUUUCCCUCUCUGCCCCACUACUCCAGGUAUUACGGUAGAUAAGAACGGGUACAUCUACUUCGUAGACGGGACCAUGAUCAGGAAGGUGGAUCGUAACGGGAUCAUCUCCACCCUGUUGGGCUCCAACGACCUCACCUCAGCACGACCCCUGACCUGUGACACCAGCAUGCACAUCAGACAGGUUCGUCUGGAGUGGCCCACAGCUCUGGCCAUCAACCCCAUGGAUAAUUCCAUCUAUGUCCUGGACAACAACGUGGUGCUGCAGAUCACUGAGAACAGACAGGUGCGCAUCGUGGCGGGACGCCCCAUGCACUGCCAGGUGCCGGGUAUAGAAUACACGCUGGGCAAGCGGGCGGUGCAGACCAUGCUGGAGGGAGCUGCCGCCAUCGCCCUCUCCUACAGUGGCGUGCUCUACAUCGCCGAGACUGAUGAGAAGAAGAUACACCGCAUCCGCCAGGUGUCCACGGGCGGCGAUAUCACGCCCUUGGCCGGAGCUCUGUCCGACUGCGACUGCAAGAACGACGCCAACUGCGACUGCUACCAGACGGGUGACGGCUACGCCAAAGACGCCCGCCUCAACUCGCCCUCCUCGCUGGUCGUCUCGCCCGACGGUACGCUCUACGUGGCCGACCUGGGCAACAUCCGCAUCCGCGCCGUCCGCCGCAACCAACCGCCAUCGGGCUCCGCCGUGUCCGGCCCGGGCUCCUUCGAGGUGGCCUCGCCGUCGUCCCAGGAGCUCUACGUGUUUGAUUCCAACGGAACCCACCAGUUCACCAUGUCUCUCGUCACCGGGGACUACAAGUACAACUUCAGCUAUAGCAACGAGGAGGACAUUACAGCCGUAACGGAUAGUAGUGGCAACACCUUGAGGAUCCGCCGCGACCCCAACCGGAUGCCGGUGCGGAUCGUUGCCCCGGACAACCAGGUGAUCUGGCUGACAAUCGGGACCAAUGGCGGGUUGAAGACACUGACGGCCCAGGGACAGGAGCUGGUGCUGUUCACCUACCACGGCAACAGUGGGCUGCUCGCCACCAAGACCAUACAGAUAGGAUGGACCACCUUCUAUGAUUAUGACAGUGAGGGUCGUCUAACCAACGUGACAUUCCCUACGGGGGUGGUGACCAACCUGCACGGGGACAUGACCGGGGCCAUCACGGUGGACAUUGAGACGUCCGGCCGUGACGAGGACGUCAGCAUCACCACCAACCUCUCCUCCAUUGACUCCUUCUACACACUGGUCCAGGACCAACUAAGAAACAGCUACCAGGUGGGCUACGACCACUCUCUGAGGGUGAUCUAUGCCAACGGGAUGGACACACACUACCAGACGGAGCCCCACAUCCUGGCGGGCGCUGCCAACCCCACGGUGGCACGGAGGAACAUGACGCUGCCCGGGGAGAACGGACAGAACCUGGUGGAGUGGCGCUUCCGCAAAGAGCAGACCCGGGGGAAAGUCAUCGUGUUCGGGAGGAAGCUCAGGGUAAACGGCAGAAACCUUCUCUCGGUGGAUUACGACCGAACUCUCCGGACAGAAAAGAUCUACGACGACCACAGGAAGUUCCUGCUGAAGAUCGUGUAUGACACCCAGGGCCACCCUACUCUGUGGGUCCCUAGCAGUAAGCUGCUAUCAGUCAACCUUACCUACUCCAGCACGGGGCAGGUGACCAGCCUACAGAGGGGUCCCACCACCGAGAGGGUGGAGUACGAUGGUCAAGGGAGGAUUGUAUCCCGAGUGUUCGCCGAUGGAAAGACCUGGAGUUAUACAUACCUGGAUAAGUCCAUGGUGCUCCUGCUCCACAGCCAGCGUCAGUACAUCUUUGACUACGACCUGUUGGACCGCCUGUCUGCUGUCACCAUGCCUUCGGUGGCCCGUCACACCAUGCAGACCAUCCGCUCCCUGGGCUACUAUCGCAACAUUUACAACCCCCCGGAGAGCAACGCCUCGGUCACCGUUGACUACAGCGAAGACGGACAGCUCCUCAGAGUGGCCCACCUAGGGACAGGUCGUAGAAUUCUCUACAAGUACCGACGACAGAACAAAAUGGCGGAGAUCUUAUAUGAUUCUACGAGGGUUAGCUUCACCUACGACGAGACAGCCGGUGUGCUGAAGACGGUGAACCUCCAGAGCGAAGGGUUCAUCUGUUCCAUCCGGUACCGGCAGAUUGGACCGUUGGUGGACCGGCAGAUCUUCCGGUUCAGUGAGGACGGCAUGGUGAACGCACGGUUUGAUUAUACCUACGACAACAGCUUCCGGGUCACCAGCAUGCAGGCUGUCAUCAACGAGACGCCGCUGCCCAUCGACCUCUACCAGUUUGACGACAUCUCCGGGAAGGUGGAACAAUUCGGAAAGUUCGGCGUGAUCUACUACGAUAUCAACCAGAUCAUCUCCACGGCCGUCAUGACCUACACCAAGCACUUCGACGUCCACGGACGGAUCAAGGAGAUCCAGUACGAGAUCUUCAGAUCCCUCAUGUACUGGAUCACCAUCCAGUAUGACAACAUGGGCCGGGUGACCAAACGCGAGAUCAAGAUCGGACCGUUCGCCAACACGACCAAGUAUGGUUACGAGUACGACGUGGACGGUCAGCUCCAGACGGUCUACCUCAACGAGAAGAUGAUGUGGCGAUACAACUACGACCUGAACGGCAACCUCCACCUGCUCAACCCGGGUAACAGCGCCCGGCUCACCCCGCUACGCUACGACCUCCGAGACCGCAUCACGCGGCUCGGGGACGUUCAGUACCGGUUGGACGAUGACGGGUUCCUGAGACAGAGAGGAGCUGAGAUCUUUGAGUACAACUCCAAGGGCCUUCUGGAACGCGUCUACAGCAAAGGCAACAGUUGGACCAUCCAGUACCGCUACGACGGGUUGGGCCGCCGUGUGGCCUCCAGAACCAGCCUGGGCCAGCACCUGCAGUUCUUCUAUGCAGACCUGAACUACCCGACCAGGAUCACUCACGUCUACAACCACAGCAGCUCAGAGAUCACGUCUCUCUACUACGACCUGCAGGGACACCUCUUCGCCAUGGAGAUCAGUAGCGGAGAGGAGUUCUAUAUCGCCUGUGACAACACCGGAACCCCUCUAGCAGUGUUCAGUAGUAAUGGGCUUCUUCUGAAGCAGGUGCAGUACACGGCCUACGGCGAGGUCUACUUUGACUCCAACCCCGACUUUGUCCUGGUGAUCGGCUUCCACGGGGGUCUCUACGACCCCCUGACCCGCCUGCUGCAUUUCGGCGACCGGGACUAUGACAUCCCGGCGGGGCGCUGGACCACCCCAGACAUCGGGACGUGGACGAGAGUCGGGAAAGACCCGGCGCCGUUCAACCUUUACAUGUUCCGGAACAACAACCCUGUCAGCAAAGUUCACGAGGUCAAGGAGUACGUCACAGAUGUCAAUAUCUGGCUGGUGACGUUUGGGUUCCACCUUCACAACGCCAUCCCCGGGUUCCCCAUCCCCAAGUUCGACCUCACACAGCCAUCCCUGGAGAUGAAGAAGAGCCAGCUCUGGGACGACCUGCCGUCCAUCUCGGGGGUGCAACAGGAAGUGACCCGGCAAGCCAAGGCUUUCCUGUCCUUCGAGAGGAUGCCGGAGAUCCAGCUGAGCCGCCGGCGCUCCAACCGGGAGAAACCCUGGCUGUGGUUCGCCACCGCCAAGUCGCUGAUCGGUAAGGGUGUCAUGUUGGCGGUGACGCAGGGCCGUGUGGUCACCAACGCUCUGAACAUCGCCAACGAGGACUGCAUCAAGGUCGCCGCCGUCCUCAACAAUGCGUUCUACCUGGAGGACCUGCACUUCACGGUGGAGGGACGCGACACGCACUACUUCAUCAAGACCAGCCUCCCGGAGAGCGACCUGGGAGCACUGAGGCUGACAAGCGGGAGGAAGUCCCUGGAGAACGGAGUCAACGUGACUGUGUCCCAGUCCACCACCGUGGUGAACGGCAGAACUCGGCGCUUCGCCGACGUGGAGCUGCAGUACGGCGCUCUGGCGCUCCACGUGCGCUACGGCAUGACUCUGGACGAGGAGAAGGCGCGUGUGCUGGAGCAGGCCAGGCAGAAGGCGUUGUCGAGUGCUUGGUCCAGGGAGCAACAACGGGUGAGGGAGGGGGAGGAGGGGGUGAGGCUGUGGACGGAGGGGGAGAAGAGGCAGCUGCUGAGCGGAGGGAAGGUGCUGGGCUACGACGGGUACUACGUCCUUUCCAUAGAGCAGUACCCCGAGCUAGCAGACUCCGCUAACAACAUCCAGUUCCUCAGGCAGAGUGAAAUAGGGAAGAGGUAACAGACAGAAUCCUCGGCACUGGCCGCCAAAGAGACUACCCCCUCCAAAUCCUGCCCCCUCGCCUCCCCCCUUUUCUCUAAAAAGGGGGAGGGUCCAGGCUAGUGCUGUGUUUAGCGCCGACUAGCUGAAACAAACAGUAAAAUGUAGAAAUAUAUCAACCUGAACUAUACCUAAUACUACCACUGUGGGGCUUGAAAAUCAAACAAAACGGCUCCAACUGACGCAGAUGUUUGUCCCAUGUGCUAUACAGCGUUGAAUGGACUGUGGACUCUCUUGAAGAGAGAAAAAAAAGUCAAAACUCUCGGUUUGUGAAAGGAGAAAAAAAUGUUUGUUUUUUUUAAAUAGACUUCCUGAAUUUGCUUUCGGAAAAAAUAUUUUAAAAAGAAAGAAGAAAUGUGUUUACGUACGCAUAACACUACAACACGUCUGGACGAAUAGAAAAAAAGCCUUCUGGUUUCUUACAAAGGACAACGUCUAUAAUCUGAUUCUACAUCCUGAUGACUGACCUUUGACCUUUGCGUACUGAAAAAGGUAGUGUUGUUGUUCGCAGUAGGACCAUGGGUCUCCAAUGGUGGUAACUAGACAGUUAAAACCACUUGUUGAAACCACUUGCUUGUUCUUCUGCUUUUCUUUCCAAAAGGGACAAAACGGCUCCCACCAAGUGACAUCUUUACCAAUACUAGAUCAAAGUGGGACGUUUUGGGAAUCGGGAGGUUGUGUGCGUGUCUGUCUGUCUGUCUGUCUGUCUGUCUGUCUGUCUGUCUGUCUGUCUGUCUGUCUGUCUGUCUGUCUCUGUCUCUGUCUGUCUGUCUGUCUGUCUGUCUGUCUGUCUGUCUGUCUGUCUGUCUGUCUGUCUGUCUGUCUGUCUGUCUGUCUGUCUGUCUGUCUGUCUGUCUGUCUGUCUGUCUGUCUGUCUGUCUGUCUGUCUGUCUGUCUGUCUGUCUGUCUGUCUGUCUGUCUGUGUGUGUGUGUGUGUGUGUGUGUGUGUGUACAAUGGAGACAAUUUGUGUGUGUAUGUAUGGAGGAAGUUAAUCAAUUAAAUGAAAUGAAAGAAUCAUAUCCAACCAAUCUUUUGAAAAACAACGUGAGACAGUAUCUUUAUGGAUUUUUUUAUUAAGAUGAAAAAUUCCAAACUUAUCCAUACAUCAAUAUUAGCCUCUUAGAGAAAGUAAUUUAUGUACAGUGUUUAUACAUAAAAAAUAAAAUUGUAAAAAAUAUGAAGAUUUUUUUUUUCCUUCGUCAUGCGUUACUGUUUAUACUCUUCAUUAAGUUUUCAAUAUUUUAUCCUAUUAUAAUUCAUGGUAAUGCUUAUUUAAAUAACAUUUUAAAAAAUCAACUCUACUGUAUUGUUGAUUUCUGCAUUGAGAAUAUUUGGGUUUGGGUUUUACAUUUUCUUGCCUUCAUUGAUCAGAUUCCCUGAUAUCUGAGAUGAACCACGUUUUGUUUUGGCACUUAUAUUUUGUAUUCGAAAAGUGUCAGUUGAAUGGUCGAUGUCAGUCAGACAACCAUAUGUCUUAGGAAAUACUAGACUACUACUAUCAAGGGCAGCAGAAUAGUUUGGCUGUAUGGUACGGUAGUAUAUCCUACCUUGUGGAAAUAGCCUUUCAACCUUAAGUCCUUUUGAGUAGGACACAAGGAAGGGCCACUUGCCCUUCUCAGCAAGAGGGUUUGAAAACAAAACACCUUGGUUGUCUUACCUAAAUAUCAUUUCUGCCUUUCCUAUAACAAAUCCAGGCUGUUUCUUAGAUCUCUGUUCAGCUCAAACGUGAAAGCUUCUCAUAAUCACUAUUAAGGAUGGAAAAUUCCAAAAACGUUCCCAAAAUUCCCAGGUUUUCCAGAAAUUCCUAUUGGAAGAUUCAUCCAAUUGAGAAUUAUGAAAAACCUGGUAAUUUUGGGAUCGUUUCCAGAAUUUUCCAGUCCAAACCACUAUAGCUCUUUGCUCUUUCUCUACCUACGUUAGGAAGAGCUGAACUCAUGUUCCUUGUACCAGCACAGAGAGCACAGAUAGGGCUGCAGCAGUGAGAACUGAACAGAACCAAAUACGAGCCUCUUGACUUGAACAGAGACAACACCACCAUAAUCCAAGGGACCAUUUAACAUCAUGCUCGUAAAUGUAUUCCUCCAACUUCACUUUUUAUGCUAAACAUGGCUUGAAAGCAAGAUAUUACAAACACAAUCGCAUCAAACGGUUCAUUAGAUAGAGAAAAGGGGCAGAGUUUAGCUUGAGUUCCAGAGGGGAAAAGAGAGAGCGAAUAAACCUGGGAAAAGCCUACAAACGGCUCUAUGUGCACUCUGGGUAAUUUUUCCGACAUAGCCUAAAUGGCUAGUGAGUGGAGUGUAAAGGAGUUGCCAGGGCGAUGAAGAUGACAUCAGCAUUAUGAACUAACUAUCCCUACUCCCUACUCAUCUCUCUGUCUGAGGGGGAUAACACACAUAUUCACCCACAGAAAGAGAAAGAAAAGUUUUUUUAACACCAAACUAAGACCAUUUCAAAGAUUGUUGUUGUUGUGAUGAUCUGAACGACACUUGAGGAAACUUAGCCAGUCACACGAACUCUACAUCCCCAGGAGCCAUACCCAAACGCAGAUUAGCGUUUUUCGUCAUGAAUGUUGUUCUGGAGGCAGCUCUGCAGAGUGGUCACGAGCUGGCUCAGCCAUGAAGUCAUAACAUUAACACUAACCUUAACCAUACUACUAACCCUAAUGCCUAAUCCUAUCCUUGAAUUAAGACCAAAAAGCUAAUUUUAGUUUUCGUGGAUUUUUCCAAUAUAGCCAACUUUGACUUUCCAGCUGGCCUUAAGGGGAAAGCGCUCUGUUGUGCCUCUAGGACAAGACUCGUGAAAAUAAGCGUCAACCUGCCACCCAAACAGAAGAUUACAACACCCUUCCUCAGAUGUUUUCCAUGUUGCUUUUUCAGUCAAUGUGACCGCCUCAUACAGUAGUUCAAAUCUGUUUAUUUUCUAAACAGAUUGUAAAAAAAUUUAAAAAAAAACACGAAUGAGAAAGUAUUGUUUUUUGCUUUGUGAUUUUUUCAAUAUAUAUAUAUAUAUCAAUCAUUGAAUUGUAUUGCCGAGCUUAUUUUUCUAUUCAUGUGUGUGACAAGGUGGACAGAAGGUGGAAGGACUUAUACUCCCAGGUUGUUUGUGUGUUGAUUUGACUAUGUUGUUGUCAGAUUUUCUCUGGUGUUAUUGGUUGGUCUUGGUCUGUACCAUGUGCCAUUUAUUCUGCAGGGGGAAUCCUAGUUGAUCCUACCCCUGCUGUAUCACAUUGCUACUAUGAUGCCCCCCUCUCCCCCAUCGUCAGCCGAAAGUGCAGUAGCCCAGCCACAUACAGUGGCUUAAGAUCAGGACUCAACAUACUGAGUUUUCCUUUUGACUUUGCUGAUCUCUCAAAAUAACACUUCCCCCAAAUUAGACAAACAUACACUUUCAGUGCUGUUCUGUUUUACUCAGUCGAAUGUUGCAGUCUAACAAUGUGUUAGACACCUCCUAUUGGAGCGGACACACACGUGCUCGAAGGAGGGGAGCAUAUGGUGUUUCGGGGUUGAAAAAGAGGUCAUCCCACAAACAUGCAGGAAGCAGUGUGUUCUGGGUAUUGUUUGCAUGCUUACAAAGUAAAACGCCCAUCCAUCCGUCAGUCAUUGUUUCCCAUCCAUGUUAGAACAGACAUUUACAUAUCUACAUGGUAACAUGGUUAAAUGCUUCUGUAUUAUAUUGCACUACAUUGUAACAGCGUUAUUGCUUAAUGCGUAGUCCAUACAAUAACCUUAAAGUGCUGGUUGAUGCCAGGCCAUAGACCUUUAUGUCUGUCCUCUAGGUAGAAGCUUCCCCUUAGGCACAGAUAUAGGAUCAGCCUCCAACUCCAAUCCUACUUAACCAUUAGGGGGUAAAACACAAAACUGGCCUUAGAUCAGUGUCUCUAAAAGCAUCAUACCUACCUUCCGCUUUGUCUGAAGACGGUGAUUAGGUAGAGGAAUUUCCUUUCUCAAAGAAUAUCCUGACUUUAGAAGGAGAGGCUCAUGGGAUUGGGACCACUGCUGACCGAAACGCUGAGUCGUGUGCCAGCGUCGUGCACCAGCAUCGUCAUAAAUAUUAUCUUGCCGCCAUUUUGUUUUUAGAAGUGAUGAAGAAGGAGAAUGAUGUCUAUAGUGAUGUCACCACUAGCACCACCACAGCCACCUCUCACCCUAUCACAAAAAACACACGUCUGUUUAGUGAUGUCACACAGUUUACAGAGCUGAAGGAACAGAAAACACUGCAACGUUGAGACAACGUUGUGUGGUGGUUGUGUGUUAGCUGGGAAUUUGAGCAAAGAAAAUGUAUUUUUAUUUUUGUUAAGACCCUGUUGUCCAGAGUCACAGGUUAGCUGAUGUUUUGGGUUUGGAGAUUGAGGGAAUUCGAUAAAGAUUUUUCUAUGUAUUUUGUCAUUUAUUUUCUUUCUCUGAAAAUGAAACAGACGGGCGAAAAGUGAUCUUAAUUGUAACGUGUCAGUCAGUCCUCUCUUUGUAAAGAAGUUACAACAUAUCUUUUUAAUUUAUUUAGAGAUUUGUUCAUUUUUUUCUUGUCUUUUUUUCAAUCAGCAUCCUCUGCGAAAGUUUCAUCAUAAUGAUAUUGUUUUUAUAUAAACAAACAUUGCUGUUUUAGAGUGCAAUUAAAGUGCAAUUUUAAUGUAAGCUCCGAAAGGUCAUUUCCGGGGAUGCCAUCCCUUUUAUCUCCCAGAUGUUAAAGAUCCAACAGAGAUCAAUCAUGAUAACAAUAAACAUGUCAUACUGUAAAGGUUUCUGAA